AGAAAAGUGAGGAGAGAAAGGUGGUUCAGCCUCCAUCCAGGUAGAAAAGAUUCAGGACAGACAGAAGUGAGAGGCUGGGGAUGUGUUCACCAUCAAGUUUGGGAAGAGAAAAUUGGGCUAAAAAGAAGUGUUCUGUGCAGGCAUCAUACUACAAAUGGAAUAAAAGGGGGAGAGGGACUAGUUUAUGAUCCAAUCAGAGGUGAGGAUUAGAAGUUUCAGGAGUCAACCCAGAAAUCUCAGGGGUUCUAUGAUGAUGAAGAUUGGAGAAAAGCAUGCAGGCAAUGGGAGCCUUGUAGGAAAGCGUCAGCUGCCCCUAGGGGAGAAGCAUCAGGCAAAUGACAAACCAGAAGCAAAUGGGAAAGCAGAGGUCUCCCCAAAGCAGGAGGCAGAUGGGAAAGGUGACACACCUAGAAAGAGCCUCAACUUGUACAGUUGGCAGGAGAUCCAGAGACACAAUCAGGAGGCCGACCAGUGGCUGGUGAUCAAUCGCAAGGUCUACGAUGUUACUAGCUGGGCGGACCGACAUCCAGGUGGCCGUCGUGUUCUCAACCACUAUGCCGGGGAAGAUGCCACGGAUGUCUUCAGAGCUAUGCACCUGGAGCUUGACAUUGUACGAUUGUACCUUAAGCCACUGCUCAUUGGAGAGCUUGCCCCAGGGGAGCCCAGCCAGGAGAGAAACAAAAACGCCCAGUUGGUGAAAGAUUUCCAAGAACUGCGGAGGACAUUAGAGGCUAUGAACAUGUUCAGUGCCAGCCUGGGGUUCUUUUCCCUUCACCUCAUCCAGAUCUUGAUUUUGGAAGCCCUGGCUUGGCUGAUACUAUGGCAUUUUGGCAAUGGCUGGCCAAUUACAAUAUGUAUUUCCUUUCUUCUCACAAUUUCUCAGGCCCAGAGUUCAUUUUUGCAGCAUGACACCGGUCAUCUUUCCAUAUUUAAGAAGUCCAAGUGGAACCACCUGAUGCACAGAUUUGUGAUGUGUCAUCUCAAGGGCCUGUCAGUAAAAUGGUGGAAUCACCGACACUUCCAACAUCACAUAAAACCAAACAUUUACCCAAAAGACCCAGAUAUUGAUGUGGGUCCACUUUUCCUGGUUGGAGAUUUGCAACCUAUCAAGUAUGGCAAGAAGAAAAUCAAAUACAUUGACUAUGAAAAGCAGCACCUUUACUUCUACAUGGUUGCACUUCCCCUCCUCAUGCCUGUAUAUUUCAACCUGCAAUCCAUGCAAGUGAUGUACCUCGGAAGAUAUUGGAGGGACAUUGUCUGGGUCAGCAGUUUUUACAUCCGAUAUUUCAUCGCAUUUGGCCCUUUCUAUGGAAUCUUCGGAACAAUAUUGCUCAUAUAUUUGGUCAAGUUUCUUGAAAGUCCCUGGAUUGCAUGUGUUACGCAGAUGAGCCACAUACCAAUGAAAAUGAGCAGAGAGGAGAACAGAGACUGGCUCAGUACUCAGGUCUUGGCCACCUGUAAUGUUGAACAGUCCUUUUUCAAUGACUGGUUCACUGGGCACCUGAACUUCCAAAUCGAGCACCAUCUGUUUCCCACUAUGCCCCGCCAUAAUUAUCAGAAGGUGGCACCUCUGGUGAGGUCCCUGUGUGCCAAGCAUGGAUUGCAGUAUGUGAAUAAGCCCAUAUUGAAAGCAUUUGGAGAUAUUGUCAGGUCCUUGAAGAAAUCCGCAGCCCUCUGGAUGGAUGCAUACUAUGAAACAUGAUGCAGAUGCCAGCCUUGAUGUGCACGUAAUUGCAUCUCUCAGGGAGGCUGGUGAAUGUGUAAGAACUUCCCAGUUACCUGUCAGUGCUAUUGGCAUACCGGAGUGUGCCAGGAGUGUGAACUCCAAGGAUACAUGAUAACUCUUUCUCUGAAGGUUUCCUCUGCAAAUAAGAAGCAGAGGGAACACAAGAUGGCUUUGACCAGAGUGUCAAAUGAGAAAUGGAGUCCAAUGUUAUUAUUUUUUCCAAAAGAUCUUUAACUUAGUCCUACCAACAGGCCUUACUCAAAUCAUCUCAGUCGCUGGGCAUAAGUACAGGAGCCAGGUAAAAGUCUCACUGACAAUGUGGACAUAGACAGAAGAGGGUCAAGGAGAGACUUCAGAUAGAGCACUUUUUGAAAAACUGGGCAAUUGCUCUUUGAAGGGAAUCAUACAUUUAAGAAGAUCCUGGUGAAGCACAAUUUUUUUUUUUUGCUUAUUUCUUUUUUAAACACUUGAACUUAUUUUUCUUUAAAUUUUGAGUAUAAUUAACAUUAAAAUCUCUAAAUAUUUAAAUACUCAUUUCAGAUUUCUAUUAUUGUACUGCACAUGUAUAAUUGGUAUGUGUAUAUAUAUACAUACAUAUAUAUAUAUAUGUAUAUGUAUAUAUAUAUUUGUUUCCAAGUUAUAACAUUUCUUAAAAGUGCUUCCUACAUUUAGUCCCAACAGCAACUGGUAAAGAAUAGACUCUCCCUGAUUAUAAGAUUUGUUUGCCUAAUCCCUACCCACCAAAACAGAACUGCCAAACCUCAUUAUUAGGUGACCCUACUGCAAGAGAGGAAUAUGUUUUCUAUAAACUAGACCACAGGCUAUGUCAAGGCAUUUUUUAUGGUUACAUAACACCCUGCUGAAGCAUGUUUUAGGAUGAGAGAGUUUCAAUACUAGAAGGAUGAGUCAACACUCUCAGUAGCUAGUAUAGUGAUAUUUAAUGUCUGGCUUUUGCUCAUCUAUUUACAGCGGGUGGGGCAGUUUACACAUGACCUGUCUGCAGGGAAAAACAAAAACAAAUGGCAUGCCCUCCAUCCUCAGCGUUAGGGGUUUAUCUGUUGUCUGACAUUCUACCAGGAAGUAUUACAUCUCCUUCUUCCAAACUCUGCAAAAUAUUUGGGGUUGUUUUUUUUUGUUGUUGUUUAUUUAUUUGUUUUUUUUUUCUUAAUUUAAUCCCUGGGUUGUGAAGCAAAGACCCUGUGGCAGGAAAAAAAAAAAAAGUGUGGAGACUUGAAAGAAGCCACUGGGGUUGAAGCAGAGGGAGCAGGGGCCACAGAGGGGCAAUGAAGGAAAAUACAUUAAAUUACUCACAUGUCCUAAGGGUAAUCCAUGCAUGCCAAAGCUAAGAAAGGAGAAGGGGUUGUCUGGGAGGAGUGAGCAUUUAAAUACUAGUAAUAUUCAAUUGGGAAGUUGGGUAGGGAAUGAAAAGGGAGAAAAGUUUUGUUGACUUCAUAAUUCUUCAUAAUGUAAGCCCUGGGUGGAUCUGAUAAGAGCCAAGAAUCCUCCUGCCGGUGGAUCUACAGAAGAUUACUUCUGUCUGAAAUCAGGGUUGCAAAUGUGAGUGGAGCACAGUGGUUGCUUUCUCUAUCCAACUCCCAGAGAUGUUCAAGCAUGAUUUGUUCUCCUAGUCACUAGAAAUAGCAACCAGACCUCUGCCUGGACACACUUACUACCUCAAGGCGUUCCUUCCUCAAGGUGGAAACUAGCCCAUGUUGCAUUUCCCCAAAUGGAGUUGGUUACUGUGAAACUGAACAAAUCUGGGAGAUUUAGACAGAUGAUGUAAGGGAAAUGUGAAAGCUGAAUGGAGGUCAUGCCAUUUGCUUUCUCUCCCUGCAGCCGAGGUCAUCUGUAAGCUGCUCUCCACCCCACCCCUACCCCCACCCAUGAAUAUAUGAGCAAAAGCACAGACACACUAUACUAGCUAUACUAGCUACGGAACCUCUCUGUCACUCUCCCUGCUCUCACAUACAGUUCAAAAUAGGUGCUAGGUAAGAACAAAAGUUUAUAAUGGGAUACAUUUUAACUUACUAGUACUAGUCAAUAAGGGGGGUGAGGGGAGGUAAGAGAUCAACUGAAGGACUUGUAGGUAUGCAUAUAAGCAUAACCAAUGGACCCAAGAC